GUUUUGUCUGAAAGGUGUUUGUUUCUACAUAAUUGGACCCUUCCGACUGAAUUGAGGCGUUAAAACGCACCUGGCUAGUAUCUACUUUAAACAAAAUGUCAGGAAACACGGAGGUUGAUCUCACUGGAGUCAAACAAAGUAAAGGCGUGUGGCUUGUCAAGGUUCCCAAGUAUUUAUCUCAGCAAUGGAACAAGGCUACAGAAAAGGGAGAAGUUGGAAAGAUAACCAUUGGAAAGAAGCAAGGCAAAACAGAGGUAUGUUUCAGCCUGAGUGAGGAGCUGACGGGCCUGGGUGCUGUGGGGGAGAAGGAUGCAUCACCGCAGGUCCCAAGGGACCAUCCCUUCACGAUGCACACAGUGGGUGGACAGACCAUGGCUGUCUUCAGCCAGAGUGAUGCAGAUGAAAUCAGUCUGGAGGGGAUGGUGGUGCACAGAGCAGAAUGUAGACCGGUCGUCAAUGACAACUACAUGAAGCUGAAGAAGCUGCAGAUUGAAGAGUCCACCAAGCCACAGCGUUUGUCGCAGCAGCUGGAGAGAGCCGUCACUACCAUCUUCAAGCCUGUUGCCAACCACGAUUUCAAUGUGGAGCAUGAGAGGAAGAAGAAGUCAGAGGGGAAGAUGGUAAGGGCUGAGCGGCAGGUUGUGUUGGACAUGCUCUUCUCUGCCUUCGAGAAGCACCAGUAUUACAACAUUAAGGACUUGGUGGACAUCACCAAACAACCUGUGACCUACCUGAAAGAAAUCAUGAGGGAAAUUGGGAUGUACAACAGCAAGGGAGCCCACAAAAGCACCUGGGAGCUGAAGCCAGAGUACCGACACUACCAGUCUGCUGAGGAAGAGGAGAUGCAGACGGCGUAGUUCCUGUUGGCUCCUCUCAGCCUGCUCACGGACGUUAAGUCUCAUCUCACAGGAGAGAAUACAGAUACACAUUUCAGGUCUUUCAGUGACUUUCUAAAUAUAGGUGUUAGAAAGAAAAUAUUGUUUAUGGGAUAUGCAAGCAGGAGUAAUGUUUUUGAGUUCAUAAUUUUAAGUUAAGAUUAUCAUUUAGUGGAAAUGUCUGCUAUGCAGUGGCUAGUACAGCUUUAUAAAGAUCCACUGUGAAGGAUUUAGGGGGAUAUAUUGGCAGAAAUAAUUUAAUAAAAUUUAAUAAGAUUAUCUUCUUUUGUGUAUAUUUCACCUGAAAAUUAGAAUAGUUGUGUUUUUGCUACCAUAGAAAGAUGCUCACAAUGAGCAGGUCCUUGUUUAUCGAGAUAGUUGCACCGCCAUGUUUCUACAGUAACCCAGAUCGGACAGACCAAACACUUGUUGUAAAGAGGGAGACCUCUGUGGAUAAUCUGGCACGCAGUA